AUGUCACCAAGACACAUGGAUUACAUCCACCUCAACCAAAUCUUUCAGCACUCCACCAAUACCCAUAGCUACCAAAUCCGGUGGACAUCUCUUGGUAAUAAUGCCUUGCCACCACUGAUCUUUGUACACGGUACCCCCUGGUCGUCUUGUGUCUGGUAUACCUACGCACGAUCAUUAUCCACAUAUUUCCAUGUCUACCUCUUCGACAACCCCGGGUUUGGCGAGAGCCCCCUUGGGCAACCACUCCCGGGUAAGGAGGAUACCAUUACCAAAGAGGUCGCAUUGGAUGCCAAUCUAGCGCAACAGUCGGAGGUCUUUGCCGCCCUCUAUCACUGCUGGGCUCAGAAUUGGAGACAUGAAAAGGCCCAUGUCAUUUCACAUGAUCAUGGGGGGCUGAUGACCUUACGUGCUCAUAUAUUGCAUAACUGCGAGUAUGCUAGUCUGUGUCUCAUAAAUGUGGUGGCAUUGGGACCGUUCGGUCAGCCAUUGUUCAAGUUAGUGGCGGAGAAUGAAGAGGUAUUUAAUGCGUUGACUGGGCCGGUAUUUGAAGGAGUGGUGGAAGCAUAUAUACGAGACGCGGCAUAUAGUGAGUUGGGGAAGGAGACGAUGGAGAUGUUGAAGAGGCCGUGGAUUAGUACCGAGGAAGGGAGGAAGGCCUUUGUGAGGCAGAUGGUACAGGCAAAUAGUCGCCACACUGAUGAGGUUGAGGGGAAAUACCCGGAAGUGGGGAAGAGAAUGCCGGUUUAG